UGUCAAACAGCUGAUGGUGCUCUGCGAUGGCUGCGCGUUCCCAAUUAAAUUUAUCUGAGAAGUGUUAAUUUCAAUAAAAAUGGAUGUUGUAGGCCUAAUAAAUAACAUCAAUGAUAAAUCCGAUAUGUUCGCGGUGAAAACGUGGACUUCGGAAUGGUCGAAUAGUUUUCAAGAGAAUCAAUUGCUGUGGUCUUUCUGCGGGUGCGUUCUGGUGUCUUUGCUAGUCGUAUUCUUCUAUUAUUAUAAGCGAUGGAGGACGAAGGAAAUAUCUGGUGGCGUAGGUUCCACAGCUUCCGGCGAACCGGCCAAAAGGUUCCGUAAGCGCGAUAAAAUGUUAUUUUACGGAAGACGGAUGCUUAGGAAAGUCAAAUCUAUCUCCAACUCUGGCCAGGGGCGGAAGCGGCGAGCCGUCAUGAGGUUCGCGAGGAAACUGCUACAGUUGAAGAAGGAGAGUGCACCAGAACAGUUGAAGGUUCUAGAGCCUCCAGCGGAGUACCUAGAAGAGGACCUGACCAGCGACGACCGAGUGCCUCCAGAUGCGCUAUACAUGCUGCAUAGCAUCCGAGUGUUCGGGCACUUUGAGAAACCAGUCUUCCUGAUGCUCUGCAAGCAUACAGAGAUACUGAACCUGCCGGCUGGAUCGUUUUUGUUUAAAGUUGGUGAAACGGACGAAAACGUGUACGUGGUGCAGACUGGGCGUGUCAACGUGUACAUAACGAACGCGGACGGCAGCAGCCUCUCGCUGAAGGUGGUCCGCGCUGGCGAGAGCGUCACCUCGCUGCUCAGCUUCACCGACGUGCUCACGGGUCACUCGCAACCAUACAAAACGGUGAACGCAAAGGCACUGGAAGACUCGCAAGUCAUCAAACUCCCGAUGAGGGCCUUCCAAGAGGUCUUUAAAGAGUAUCCGGAUAUAUUUGUUAGAGUUAUUCAGAUUAUAAUGGUGCGUUUGCAAAGAGUUACCUUCACGGCACUGCAUCAGUACUUGGGUUUGAGCGCUGAACUCGUCAACCCGGGUCGCGAGAAACGGCGCCCCACCACCGUGGCGUCCUCCCCCGGGAAGGGCGCGAAGGGCACGCACGACGCGGGCGCCGCCGCGCACUCGCCGCACCACAGCGAGCGGAACCUUCUCGAACACCAAGACGCGGGCGUCGCGACGUCGUCCCCCAUACACAUUCAAGGCAGAAAAUCUAGACCGGACAUGAUGCCUGAUAUAACGUCUAACACGCCGCAGCAACAACCCGACGUGCAGCAAACAUCGUCCUUCCAGAGGCCGAAAGAGGGAUCCUCCUUCAAGAAACACAACACUGACAAUCUUGAUGAGCAGGCGCUUAUAGCAAUAGCUACAGAGGCGUUCGUAAAGGAGCUAGGUCUGGAGGACGACACCUUGUUGAAAGGGAACGUGCAAGUGAGAGACCUCCCGGCAGGCACGUACAUCAUGAAAGAGGAGAGCCAUAAGCUCUUUUAUAAUAUCCCCGGUGAGCCAGAAAUUGUGCAGGACGUGGCAUUGGUGUAUCUGCUAUCUGGGGCUCUGCUGGUCUCGCAGAAAGUGGCUGAAGGGGAGGGGGAGGUGCACAUGUUCACAGCUUACCCCGGCGAGGUGGAGGGCGGGCUGGCCGUGCUGACCGGCGAGCCGAGCUUCUUCUCGAUCCGCGCGAAGCACUUCUCGCGCAUCGGGCUGGUGCCGAAGAGCGCGGUGUACGGCGUGAUGCGCGACCGGCCCUCCGUCGUGCUGCACAUCGCCAGCUCCGUGGUGCGCCGCCUGUCGCCGUUCGUGCGCCAGGUGGACUUCGCGCUCGAUUGGGUUUUCCUCGAAUCCGGGCGAGCGGUGUACAGGCAGGACGAGGAGUCCGGCUCCACGUUCAUAGUGCUCAGCGGCCGCUUGCGGUCCGUCAUCACGCACCCGAAUGGCAAGAAGGAGCUCGUGGGGGAGUACGGGAAGGGAGAUUUAGUGGGGAUCGUGGAAAUGGUAACGCAAACUCGCAGAAGCACAACGGUGAUGGCCGUGAGGGAUUCGGAAUUGGCCAAGUUGCCGGAGGGCCUGUUCAACGCGAUCAAACUUCGAUUCCCGGUUGUGGUCACGAGGCUUAUUAAUCUGCUCGGGCAUAGGAUUUUGGGCUCCUGGCAGAAGCCGACCGCGGGCCUCGGCGGCGCGGCGGCCAUCGAGUCGCGGCCCUCGCAGCACAACUUCUCCACCGUGGCCGUGGUGCCCGUCAGCGACGACGUGCCGCUCACCGCCUUCACCUACGAGCUGUACCACUCGCUGUGCGCUAUCGGUCCCACAGUGCGUUUAACCUCGGACGUGAUACGAAAGCUGUUAGGGCUAACAAUCAUGGACCCCAACAACGAGUAUCGGCUCAGUUCGUGGCUGGCGCAACAAGAGGACAAACAUAAGGUGGCGCUAUACCAGUGCGAUCCCAGCCUCACCCAGUGGACCCAGCGAUGUAUCCGACAGGCUGAUUGUAUUCUUAUCGUCGCGCUGGGUGACAAACAACCCAGUAUUGGAAAGAUCGAGAAAGAGAUAGAACGUCUAGCGAUUCGAACACAAAAGGAGCUGGUGCUGCUGCACCGCGAAGGUGGUGCGAACCCCACGGGCACGGUGCACUGGCUGAACAUGCGCACGUGGGUCAGCCAGCACCACCACGUGCGCUGCCCGCACCGGAUGUUCACGCGCAAGAGCCAGUACCGGAUCAGCGAGCUGUACAGCAAGGUGCUGAUGUCGGAGGCGAGCGUGCACUCGGACUUCAGCCGGCUGGCGCGCUGGCUCACCGGCACCUCGGUGGGGCUCGUGCUGGGCGGCGGCGGCGCGCGCGGCGCCGCGCACGUCGGCAUGGUGCGCGCCAUACAGGAAGCCGGUAUCCCCAUAGACAUGGUGGGCGGGGUCAGUAUCGGGGCAUUCAUGGGUGCGUUGUGGUGUAUGGAUCGCAACAUCACCAACAUCACGCAGAAGGCGAGAGAGUGGUCGCAGCGUAUGACCCAAUGGGGGAAGCAGCUCCUCGACCUCACGUACCCUGCCACUUCGAUGUUCUCCGGCAAGCAGUUCAACGCGACCAUCAAGGCGACCUUCGGCGAGGUGCACAUCGAGGAUCUGUGGCUGCCCUAUUUUACCGUCACUACGGACAUCAGCUCGAGCUGCAUGAGGGUGCACAGACAUGGUUCUCUCUGGCGUUACAUUCGCGCGUCGAUGUCGCUGAGCGGCUACAUGCCCCCGCUCUGCGACCCUGUAGACGGCCACCUCCUAUUGGACGGCGGCUAUGUGAACAACCUCCCAGCUGACGUGAUGCGGUCACUCGGAGCCAAACAUAUUCUUGCGAUCGACGUGGGAUCCCAGGACGACACCGACCUAACGAAUUAUGGCGAUGACUUAUCCGGCUGGUGGCUGCUUUGGAAAAGAUGGAAUCCAUUCACCAGUCCAGUGAAAGUGCCAAAUCUUCCUGAUAUUCAGAGUAGAUUGGCCUAUGUGUCGUGUAAUCGCCAGCUAGAGGAAGUGAAAAAAUCAGACUACUGCGAGUACAUCCGCCCCCCCAUAGACGCGUACAAGACGCUGCAGUUCGGCUCGUUCGACGAGAUCCGCGAGGUGGGCUACCGGCACGGCACCGCCUACUUCGAGGGGCAGCGGCGCGGCGGCGGCGGCGGCGUCAGCGGGGCCGCCGCCGAGGGCAAGCGCCACGACGCGCAGCCCUCGCUCACCGACUACACAUUCACUGAUCUCGCUCAAAUGGUCUGCUCGGUUCGCACGGCGCGCGACGUAGACAACGAAUCAUCAUCAUCAUCAGACUACGAAGAUGAUCAACGACAUUUCGAAGGCUACGCGUCCGAGCCUAGCGCUGGGAUACUCGAGAUGGCAUCAAGUGUAGAGGAGGGGGCGGCGUGGAUCAGCGACACGGAAUUGGUGGGCAAAUAUAAGUGAAGCACGCGAGUAGUUGGGAGGGGCUCCGCACCCGCCGCGUGGGAGGCUCCCUCUCCCUCUCCGAGGACGAGAUAGACUCUGAGGCGGAGUUGUACGACCCGCUCAACAAGCGCGGCGGCGCCAGAUGAGACCCGACCUUGCACGAUCUGUGCAAGGCCCUCUAUAAGUACGUGCAGAGUGAGAGAGAGAGCAGUGAAUAAGUGUGCUGAAAGUGUAAAUUGUACCCGUGUGCGGGUAAAGUGAACAUGUGUUGGUAAAAUGUAAAGUCAUGGUGAUAAAUUAUAAAUUGGCGGUAUGUAGGUAAAAUGGUUGGUCGUGUUGGUAUAGUAUAAAUUGAUCGUGUCAAGGAAUAGUAAACUUUACCGACAUGUGGAUAACGUGUAAAUUGGAAGUACAUUGGGAAAAUGUAAAAUGAGCACAUGUUGAUAAGUUGUAAAUUAAACAUUGUGUGGGAAGAGGUAAAUUGUAAAUUACCCGUGUAUAACAGCAGUGAGCUGUAUAUGGGUAAAAUGUAAAGUGAACAAAUGUUGGUAAAAUACAUUUUACUCAUUAAAAUGAGCUCAUGUUGUUAAGUUGUAAAUUAACGUAUGUGGGAAGAGGUAAAUUGUAAAUUACCCGUGUAUAAGACCAGUGAGCUAUAUAUGGGUAAAGUGUAAAGUGAUUAUUGGUAAAAUAUAUUUUACUCAUUUGUAUGAAAAAAUGUAAGUGUUUAGAUUAUAAAUUGUCAGACGAUUAUGGAGCAAAUAAUUGCCGGACAAAUAUAAAAGUGCAUAUCUAUGGAAAAAAGUGAUAAAAGUGUAAAACAAUGAUACACUGGUAAGUGAAAAUUAGUAGUUAGUGGGCACAAAGUGUGAGUGUAGGGAAACGGUCAAAUGCUCAUUUGUCAGUAUAAGUUUUAUGUAUCUUGAAUAUAAAAUUAGUUGUUAAAUGUUUAAACAAAAUGUGUUAUGUAUGCCAAAUGUUAUUAUUAAAGUUGUUUUAUUUACUUAUUGAUAAUUAAUAUUCAUGUCUCGUUAUAAUAUAUUUAGCUUUAUUAUAAGCUAUGUAAGAUCAUAUUGAAUAUAUGAACAAAAUAUGAGGCUGGAUGUUUUUGGGGCUUUUUUCCGUUACGUAAUUAGAAGGUGCGUAUAAAAUUAUAUUUAAAAUGUCUCAUAAUUUCCAUGUUUCCAAAGUAUACUGUGAUGUAUGUUAUUCGAAGUAAUGCUGUAUAUCUCGCUUCAUGAAAUUUAAAAUAUUCACAAAUAUCAUAUAAACCUUUUUUUUCCAUUUGGUAAAAGAAUUUUCCAAAUUGGUAUACACGUUUCGGACUUAAUUUGAAACAAACAAACAAUAAAAUACUUCCCCUAUGUUAUUAGUGGUAGUGUAGAUUUAAAAUCUUUCCAACUCACCUGCCUUAAUAUUGCUCAAUGAUAUAUCAUUCUAUUAUUAUUUAUAUUGUGAUGAGUGAUCUGAGAAUGAUACAUUAUCUGGUGAUUGAUUUUUCUAGUUGCGAUUGAUUGAAUCUUUUUAAAAUUUACUUAAUGACGUCAGAUAUAAAGAUAGAAGGAAUGUAGCAUAUAGAUAGUUUGAAUUUGGGAUGUCAUUUUAUAAUAAUUACUGCGGAGUAAUAAAUCCCGGUAAGGAUUCAAAACUUUUGUUUUUCUUCACGAGGGAACCUAUGAACCCAUUUCUAUUGGUAGUUAUUUUGGUGUGUUUAAUAAAUGGUGAAAUUUGUGUGGUGGGUGGGAACCAGAGUGCCAUAAAAUAUUAGCUCGUAUGUAGAAAAUAAAAGAUACUUCAUGACAAUGUAGGUUUUAUCCAAUCAAUUAUAUUGAAUUCCUUUCAAUUUAUUGUCUGUAAAUGACGCAAUGGCCAAUGUUAAAUGUUACUUUUGUGAAAUAAAAUAUAUUUUGAAUUUUUUUUUCUUAGUAUUGAAAAAUAUACAUAAAUAUAUUUUGAUAUGAUAAAUAUUUGUUUAUUCAAUGUAUCGCUUUUGUUGGUUUAUAUAAUUAAUCAACUGUCUCAUUUCAACCACUUCGUUUGAAUUGAGUAGACAAUUAAUUAAAUCCGAGUAAAUGUCUGGGACAUUGUGGAACAAGCCCAUUUAGGUAUGAAUAACAACAAGAAUCGAUAAGAAAUUUUGAAAGAAUAGAAAAAAGACAUUUUUUUGUUCAAAAUUUCUCAUUUAUAUACCCUUUCAAUGCUAUAAAACUAAAAAUUAAAAGAAUAGAAAAAAUUUGAUCACGAGGCGGGAUUCGAACCCGCGUCUUUUUGCCAAACCGUAGCAUAGCCUCUCGGCCACCCGAGAUCCCGCCUCAGCUUUCAAAAUUCUUCUACUCUCUCGGUUCAUUUUUUUUUUAUUACUUAAAAAUUAAAUUGAACAAGGAUCAAUUUAAAUAGUUGUGAAUUGAAUGUUUGAAAUUGGUUAGUCUAUGUAUUAUGGUACUUAACGUAUUUAUUUCGUUAGAAAUAAAACAAUUCAAAUACAGAGCGUAUGCAGAGUUGAUUAAAAAGUGAUAUACAGUAAAA